ACGUAGGCUCGCAUAGGAGCUGUCCAGCGUCUCGGUGCUGAAACUUGCCCCUUCGGCUCUCGGCUAACAGCAAGAAGGGGUCAUACAAUUCUCAAAUAGGGCUUAACAACCCAGUAACGAGGGCCUGGUUGAUUCAGAUGCGUCAGUACAUGGACAAAGGUAAUAAAAACAUCUUCGUUCUGUUCCGUAAAGAAGGAGGAGUCGUUCUUCCAGCCUUACGGAAGCAAAGAAUGCGGAAUCUACUGUAUUUGCAGGGCUGCAGAUAAACAGAGGAAGGGACGUGGUGAGAACGACGGGGGAAAGAGAGACUGAGUAAGACGUGGAGAAACGCUCACUCUCUCAGCAUUAUGCCCUGGUCUCUGGACUUGGUGCCGCUUCCCCCAUGUGCGUUGCUGGGUGGUCCCCCCCUCAGCGGGCUCCUCUGGACCGUCCUCCUCCUCUUCCUCUGGUACUGUUACCGCGUGGGUUCUGACCCACCAUCCCAUUCUGGCAUGUUGAAAAGUGGCUCCGGGCGGUCUUCGUUCUCUCGGUCAUCCAGCCGUUUCCCGGUUGACCCCAGACACUCUGCGCCUAAAGCAUCUGCGGCUAUCACCAUGGAGACGGUGGAGGAAGAGGAGGGCACAGAGAGCUACCUGACACCGGUGUUGAGCCAUGCCCCGUUCCCCACUGAGGCUGCAGCGGAAAGCAGGAAGUUGUAUAGAGCACUACAAGAGUAUGCCAAGCGCUACAGUUGGGCUGGCAUGGGGCGAAUUCACAAGGGCCUGCGCAAUCAGGCCAGGAUCAAUGAUCGGCCAUCCAUUCAGAAGCCUCAUCUCUUCUACCUCCCAGAUGUUCCCAGCAUACCUUUCUUUCCCAGGGAUGCUCAUCGUCAUGACAUUGAGGUUCUGGAGGCCAGCUAUCCCAUAAUCCUUGCUGAGUUCCAAGCUGUGUACCAGAGGGGGAUUGAUACAAAGCUAGGGUGGAGCUACCAAGGACCAAAGGGCCAGACAGUGUUCCCGCUCUAUAAUGCUGGAGUGUGUGUGGCCAGCAACUGCCGUGCUUGUCCGUGUACAUACCGAACCCUCCUCUCUCUCAGAACCUUCAUCAGCAGUAACUCUCUGGGAUCAGCUGGCUUCUGGUUCCUGGGUCCUGGGGCCACAUUGGGAGGGGCCUAUGGCCCUACAAACACACGUCUGCGCUGCCAUCUGGGUCUUCAGACGCCUGCUCAGUGUGAGCUGGUGGUGGGUGGAGAGCCUCAGUGUUGGUCAGAGGGACACUGCCUCCUUGUGGAUGACUCCUUCCUGCACACCAUCUCACAUAAUGGGGGAGCUGAAGACGGUCCCAGAGUUAUCUUCAGUGUGGACCUGUGGCAUCCUAACGUGGCUGCAGCAGAGAGACAGGCUCUAGACUACAUCUUUGCCCCUGAGCAGUAAUUCUAGCUGUAUUUCCCAGGAUGCACCAGUCAAACCCACUUCAUGUCAUAUUAAAAUGCAGAAAAUGUUGUUUUAAAGUUGGCAAAACAUCUUUUGGUUUAGUUAAAAGUUCACACUGAGGAUAUUUAUCAUUUAAUUACUACAUACUUUUAUGUCUGACUCU